AUGGCAAACCACGACCACGAAGUAAACCCAACUUUGAACAAUUCAUCAUAUCCCCAACUCUCCGAUAUAAUCUUCAACAACACAACAAACAGUUCCUUCAACAAAGUACUCGGCGAACUCAAGAAGAGUACUUUAUCGAUACCAAAUCGACUCCGUUCAAUCAAACAAGAUGCAAACUUUGUAUCUGAAGUUGCUUCCGCAUAUGCCUUACCGCUGGUCGCAAACGAGAGAUGUGGAAGUUGGUAUAUUCCACCAGAGCAAAAGAAACAGAGUGCUUAUUUCAAGAGUACGGAUGGACACAUGGCGCAGUGGAGUUUUAGUUUGAGAAGAUUGAAUUUGCAAGUUUUGGAGACGAUAGGAGAGUUUGAUGGAUGCAUUAUUGUCGAUUCAACGCGAAGAGGCAAGAGCAUGCCUGAUGCUUUGUCAAAAACGAUACCGAUCUGGACAACAGUCAUGAACCGUGUCCUGUUUCCAGAACGAACAGAGAGCCACGAGGUAGCCACACCACCAACAGUGGUAGGAGAGUCUGAACACGCCCAAAUCGCUGCACGGAUAUCUGGCUUUGUCGAAGCUCUGAAGACGCUAGACCUUGAUCUUACGACCGUCCGUGAAAAGAUCACCAAACCAUUACGACCCAUCUGGGUAACACCAACAUCGUCGUUGCCGAGUGAAGCGCCAGAGUUCUCUGACUUUCAUCCAGUGGUCCUUCUCACAGCAUCUUCCCGUGUCUCUGGUUCAGAAUCAACGUCCGAGACUGGAUAUGUUCAGGGCGCUGCCGACGAUGCAGAGGCCUGGGCUCAAGGUCUGACUGCCCCACUCUUCUGGCAACAUAGUGAAACUCUGCUGUCCACACCUGAAGACAUGAUCGAAGAAGUGAUUGCAAGUCUAGUGGCACAAGGUGGUGCCAGCAAAGGAUCACAGCUCACUGCGAUCGGACCUGAUCAGCGUGUGGUAAUUGGGAUGAUUGACGCCGCAGAGACAGACGCACGGGAAACAGAUAUCGUCAUCACGGUAUCGCCAAAAGAGAGCAAGGUCUUGCGAUCGAAGAUGAGAUCACGGUACCUCCAUCUCACGCUUGCGGACGGCAAAGUAGGGAGUCGGAAUCUGCGACACAGUCUACCAAACCUCAUCACUUCGGUCAAAGCACAAAUCUCUGCAUCCCCAACGUCUCGCUUCGUGGUUACAGACGCCAAUGGCAAGGACCAGGGCGUAGGUGUCGCGCUGGCCAUCUUGUGCUUGUUCAUCACCGAUGAUGGGAAUUUGAGGCCUGUUAAUGAGGUCAAGGAACCGCCAAAUGGUCUCAACAAGCAGAUCAUCAAGCAGAAACUCAGCUGGAUAUCGGUGGCCAAGCCAGAUGCCAAUCCGAGUCGGACGACUCUGCAGAGUGUGAAUGCCUUCUUGCUUGGAUAG